GGCGGCGUCUGCGUCUCGGUGGGAUGUUCGCUUGGGUUCCGCUGGAGUGGGUUUGCUGCUCGUGCUGCAGCCGCAGGAGGAAGGCUUCCCUUUUUUUGAACUGCUUUCACAUCCUUGAAUGUCCCUCUGUUUCUUGAAGAUGAAGAAAAUGAUUGCAUGCUUCUUUCUGCUAUUUGCACACUCUCUGCUUUCCACUGUCAUGGCAAAAGAUCUCCAUGGGAGACGUUUCACUCGAAGAAGGGAUGUUAUCACACAAUCUCUACUAGAAAAUACUUGCAACAACAAACGUCUGGACCUUGUCUUCAUCAUUGACAGCUCUCGCAGCGUACAACAUUAUGACUUUGAAAAAGUGAAGGAGUUCAUUUUAACCAUCUUGCAGUUCCUGGACAUCAGUCCUGACGCCACCCGGGUAGGUCUGAUUCAGUAUGGCAGCACAGUCAAACAGGAGUUCUCGCUGAAGACCUUCAGGCGGAAGCAGGAUAUCGAAAGAGCAGUGAAGAGGAUGAUGCACCUGGCCACUGGCACCAUGACUGGGCUGGCUCUGCAGUACGCAGUGAACAUUGCAUUUUCAGAGUCAGAAGGAGCUCGGCCUCUGAAGCAGAAUGUGCCCCGGAUUAUCAUGAUAGUGACAGAUGGGAGACCUCAGGAUCCGGUGGCAGAGAUUGCUGCUAAAGCUCGUAACUCAGGAAUCCUAAUUUUUGCCAUUGGCGUGGGAAGAGUAGAUAUGAACACUCUGAAGUCCAUUGGGAGUGAACCGCAUGAAGAGCAUGUUUUUCUGGUUGCUAAUUUCAGUCAGAUUGAAACACUGACCUCUGCCUUCCAGACUAAACUUUGUGUGCCUCAUAUGUGCAGUACAGUUGACCAUCGCUGUGAUCACUUCUGCAUAAACACUCCUGGCUCUUACCUGUGCAGAUGUAAACAAGGAUAUAUUCUGAAUGCUGACCAGAAGACUUGCAGCACUCAGGACCUCUGUUCUGUGGAGAAACAUGCCUGUGAGCAGAUUUGUGUGAACACACCUGGGUCCUACGUCUGUCAGUGUUAUGAAGGGUAUGAGCUUGAUGCAAAUGGAAAGAAUUGUGUCGUUGUAGACUACUGUGCUUUGGAUAAUCAAGAUUGCCAACACGAAUGUGUUAACACUGAGGACUCCUAUUACUGUAAAUGCCAUCCAGGGUUCAUUUUAAAUCCAGACAAAAGAACUUGCAGAAUACCAGACUACUGUGCUCUUCAGGACCAUGGUUGUGAACAGGAAUGUGUUAAUACAGAUGAUUCCUAUUUUUGUCAAUGCCAAGAAGGGUUUAGACUUAAUCCAGAUAAGAAAACAUGCAAAAGAGUGGACCACUGUGCUGAAAGCAAUCAUGGAUGUGAGCAACUGUGCCUAAAUACUGAUGACUCCUACGUCUGCCAGUGCUCUGAAGGGUUUGUCAUCAAUGAGGACCUAAAAACCUGCACACGAGUUGACUAUUGUGCUCUGAGUGAUCAUGGCUGUGAACAUUUGUGUGUAAAUGGUGACAGAUCUUAUACUUGUCAGUGUUUUGAAGGAUACAGGCUUCGUAACGAUGGGAAAACGUGUAAACGUAAAAAUGUCUGCAAAUCAGUCAACCAUGGCUGUGAGCAUAUUUGUGUUAGUGCUGACAAUUCCUACAUCUGCAAGUGUCGUGAGGGAUUUGUGUUGAGAGAAGAUGGCAAGACGUGCAGAAGACGGGACAUCUGCAAAUCAGUCAGCCAUGGCUGUGAGCAUAUUUGUGUCAGUGAAGAUGACUCGUAUGUUUGCAAGUGUCAUGAAGGUUUUCUGCUGAGAGAAGAUGGGAAAACAUGCAGAAAUAAAGACAUCUGCAGUUCCGUUCACCAUGGCUGUGAACACGUCUGUGUUAAUGCUGAUGAGUCGUACAUCUGCCAGUGUUAUGAGGGAUUUGCACUAAGGGAAGAUGGAAAAACAUGUAGAAAUAAAGAUGUUUGCAAUUCUGUUGACCAUGGCUGUGAGCAUAUUUGCGUGAAUACUGAUAGUUCAUACAUCUGCCAGUGCUAUGAGGGUUUUAUAUUGAGGGAUGAUAAGAAAACAUGUAAAAAUAAGGACAUCUGCAAAUCAAUCAGCCAUGGCUGUGAACAUCUUUGUGUUAACAAUGACGAUUCAUACACUUGCCAAUGCCAUGAUGGAUUUGUACUAAGGCAAGAUGGGAAAACAUGCCGAAGCAAGGAUAUUUGCAAAUCAGUCAACCACGGCUGUGAACAUGAGUGUGUUAAUGCUGGUGAUUCGUUCGUUUGUAAGUGUCAGGAGGGAUUCCUGCUAAGAGAAGAUGGAAAAACUUGCGAAAAUAAAGAUCUUUGCAAAUCAGUCAACCAUGGAUGUGAACAUGAUUGUGUUAGUUCUGGUGAUUCGUAUAUCUGCAAAUGCCACGAUGGGUUCCUACUCAGACAUGAUGGGAAAACCUGCAGAAACAGGGAUGUUUGCAGCUCGGUUGACCAUGGCUGUGAACAAGUUUGUGUGAAUACUGAAGAUUCCUACAUCUGCCAGUGUCGUGAAAAAUUCAUACUGAAGGAGGAUGGAAAGACAUGUAGAUAUAAAGAUGUUUGCAACUCAGUUGACCACGGCUGUGAACAAAUUUGUGUUAAUACUGAUGAUUCCUAUGUCUGCAAGUGUCAUGAUGAAUUCAUACUGAGGGAAGAUGGAAAAACCUGCAGGAGUAAAGAUGUGUGUCAAUCCAUUGACCAUGGCUGUGAACAUGUGUGCAUUAAUAAUAACAAUUCAUACAGCUGUCAGUGCCAUGAGGGUUUUGUCCUGCGACAAGAUGGGAAAACAUGUCGAGAUAAAGAUGUCUGCAAAUCAGUUGACCAUGGUUGUGAACAUACCUGUGUUAAUAAUGAUGAUUCAUAUAUCUGCAAAUGCCAGGAGGGAUAUGUACUAAAAGACGAUCAGAAAACAUGCAGAAGAUGCACUGAAGGCCCAAUUGACCUGAUGUUUGUGAUUGAUGGAUCAAAAAGUCUCGGAGAGGAUAAUUUUGAAAUUGUAAAACAAUUUGUCUCAGGAAUUUUGGAUACACUUGAGAUUUCACCCAAGGCUGCUCGAGUUGGUCUGCUUCAGUAUUCCACGGAGGUUCGCACAGAGUUUACAUUAAGGCAGUUCAGCUCAGCCAAGGACAUGAAGAAAGCUGUGUCACAAAUGAAGUACAUGGGGCGAGGGUCCAUGACAGGACUGGCACUGAGGCAAAUGUCUGAGAGAAGCUUCACAGAAGCAGAAGGAGCAAGACCACUUUCAGCCAAUGUCCCUCGAAUCUCCAUUGUGUUUACGGAUGGACGAGCCCAAGAUGAAGUCUCUGAGUGGGCUACUAGAGCAAAGCAAAAUGGUAUAAUCAUCUAUGCAAUUGGAAUAGGAAAAGCAAUUGAGGAAGAACUGCUGGAAAUUGCUUCUGAGCCAUCAUAUAAACAUCUCUUCUAUGCUGAGGAUUUCACAGCUUUGGAGGACAUAAGUGAAGAGCUAAGAGCCCAAAUCUGUGAAGCCUUGAGCAAGUCACCUCACCAGCAGCAUCCAUCGUCUGGCAGACUUCAUAAGAUGGGUCCACAGCCUUCAGGACCUGAAUCAACCACAAUAGCCAUCACAGAUGUCAUUGAUUGUCCACACCUUGCAAUACACCACAAGUAUCUUUUUGAAGACAGUCACAGUCAUUCAACAACAGCAAAAGCUUCAAAAGAUAACGACCAGUGCAAAUGUGAAAACCUUGUGACAUUCCAGAACUAUGCAACUAAUGAAGUAAGAAAACUCAUCGAGCGAUUCGAAGAAAUGACAAAGAGAAUGGAAGACUUGGAAAACAGGCUAAGAUACUGAUGAGAAUUUAAAGUGUAUGCUACACUGUAUAUUUAUACAUACAAAUGUGUCAGAGCUAUUUUCUUAAACUGGUUCAAAGUAAAAUAACUAAUCCUUUUGUCUGAAGUUGAAAAGAGUAUUUUGGAUCCCUGCAUCUAUAUGCCAUGUGUUGUCUUGCAUUGAUUGCAGAUAAGAAAUGUUGAAAAUUUUAUAACAAUUUAGUAACUAGCAAAAAUCCUAAUUAAGCAGAACUUAACUGAAAUAAGCUAUGCAAAAUAAUAAAAUGCUGUUAUUUUUUGAAGUGAAACCUCCAUGUUUUGAAGUACUUUUAGGGUAUGAAUUUAUUUAUGGCUUUUCUGUUUUUCCCUCCUCCACUCUGCUAACAUUUUAAGCACCCAAUCUGUGUGAAUAUAUGUAGUACUAGGUAUACAUACAGAGAUAAACAGAACCAGUGGGACAGCACUCAAAGCCAUUAGGUUUUACUUGGAUUCUUCAAAUGAGCAGACUACUGAAAUCAGCUGGAAGUAAAAGAUACAAAUUUACACCUUUGUGUUUAAACUGUGAUCAAAGUAAAUGCACAGAGGGGCAAGUCUGCUGGAUUAUCAGGGCAUCACAGUCUGAAGUUUCCAGUACUUUUUCUCUUAGCACGUCCAGACCAUCCAACCUCUCCCUGCUGUCCCUUGGUCAGUAUUCAGAUUUUCUAACUUUCCUGAAUGCAACUAAUAUUUUAAUUAUGAAAACAUUCUUUGGUCAAUACAGCUAGCACUCCAAAACCAAACACUAAGGAAGCCCUAGCCAGCUGGGAUUUGGCACCAUUCUUGCCAUUAUCAAGCCUUCCUCCACU